GCUCGUAAUCACUGUGUCUCCAGGGUCUGUCCAUCCAUUCGUUGAUCAACCUAGAAGAGCUUGAGUCACUUGAGUACAUUUGUAGUAUAUAACUUCAUUCACUAGUGUUAAGAGGUCUUAUCUACCGGUGUUAGUGGAAUUGUCGCCGGCAUGAAGGUAGAAAGUGUAGAUGUGUGCUCGCCUGGUCGCCUCUUCGUCACGGGGGCUCUCUUCAUCCUCACGUGCGUCCUUUGGUACUGUCACCGUAAGAAAGACGGUGGUUACGGUGGGCUUAAGUUACCCCCGGGCUCACUUGGUUUACCUCUCCUGGGUGAGACCAUAAGCCUGGCCCGUCAGAAGGUUGAAUUUUUCCGUGAACGCAGAGAUAAAUUUGGAGAUAUUUUCAAGACGCACUUGUUUUUCCGCCCGAUUGUGCGAGUCAGUGGUGCCAGCAAUCUCAAGCAGAUUCUUAAGGGCGACGAUAAGAUUGUAAACGCCAUUCACCCUUCAGGGAUUCGUACUCUCCUAGGAACUGAAUCUUUGUCUCAGUCUCAAGGGAAAAUUCACAGAUACCGGAAGCGCGGGUUUAUGCAAGGGUUGACGGGAAGGCAUCUGGAGAGUUACGGAAACGGCAUGGCCGCCAUGAUCCAAGAGGCCCUGCUGGACUGGAGUUCUCAGAGCCGUGUGGAGCUCGCUGAUUCUGUGCAAUUGCUUACCCUACAGCUGGUUAUGUCCAUCCUGUACGGUCCGAACAUAUCAAAGGAGGAUAUAAAGGUGUUAGGGUCCCAUGCCGCUACGAUACUGGCGAACCUGUUCAGUCUGCCGUUGAAUCUACCUGGCAGCUCCUACAACAAGGCAGUUACAGCAAGAAAUCAUUUAGAACUAUUUGCCAAAAAAUUUGCAAAAAACCUGAUCGGCAAAGUGAAGAAUAACAACUUGCCUCCUGUUUUGGUGACGAUUCUAAAGGAUGCGAAUUUUGAUGAGGAUGGAAAUGUGACAGAAGAACUUCUGACUAAGCUGACCGAUUCCAGCGUGGAAAUCAUCGUGGCUGGCACUGGAACCCUCUUCUCAACCAUCAUGAAUUCCAUACUUCUGCUGGGCAAGAACCAAGGAAUGAUGAAGAAGCUCUACGAAGAGUUGACAGAUCACUAUUUAGACGAUCCCGUCACUGCUCCCCUCUCCAGCAUUGGAUUGCAACGGCUGCAGUCUCUGACAUACCUGGACAACAUUGUGAAGGAGGUGCUCCGAGUAUAUCCUCCAGUUGGUGGUGGCUACAGGACAGCCAAGGAAGCAUUUGAGCUUGAUGGAUACCUUAUCCCUAAGGACUGGACUGUCUCAUUCAGUAUUAGAGAGACCCACGAGAACCAGUCAAUCCCAUUGCGGGAGCAGUUCGAUCCGGACAGAUGGCAGGAGGAUAAUCCAGACAGACCGGACAAACAAAGGUUUGCCUACAUCCCCUUCGGGGCUGGAGUACGAUCAUGUCCCGGGAAAGAGUUCGCCAAGAUGGCCAUGAAACUGACCAUAUUGGAACUUUGCCGGUCAUACAAAUGGACUGUAUUGGACAGCUAUAAUAUGGCGCUUUUCCCAACCCCCAAACCUGACAAAGAUGUCCGGGUCAACUUUACUAGGCUAAAGCGGUGAUGCUGAGGGAUCCCGUCGAAACAGUUAUCUGGGUUAAGAGUAUUGACGACGGUGUAGACCGAUGUAAACGUUGCCGUGGUUUCUUCAUGGAAGCCUUCUGUUGAACACCAGACGUUAUCAGCGGACGCCAUAUCACACAGGACUGGCGGAAACAAUUCGCUCACACGUUGUCUAUCUGCUGUUUUCUGUAAUAACAUGAUGGUGUGUAUGUUGAUUUAUGUGUUACAUCUCUCCCGAGUGAAUUUCCUUGCGUGUAUUAUUUCAUUUCAUCCCCUGCUCGCGAACUCUUCUAAAUUAUAGUUUUAAGGGCUUUAUGUUUCUUCUAAACACGUAAAAUACGUCCAAGGAAGUCCGCAAUUAUAGAAUACCGGUGUGUGUGAAUUUUUUUCCAGAAUUAAAUUUAUGAUAUAUUUUUCUCCUUUUACGAAAGACAAUCUUGCUGAUAUCAAACCAUUUUAUUUUGAAAGGGACUUUGAAAAAGUGGGUUAUGAAGAACAUGUGAUAUGUUUUUUGUUUUUGAAUUAUUGUUUAACUUACUUCAUUCCAUUACCAAACGUGAGAAGUGAGCACAAAUUUAAAUCUUGACUUCUGAAUGUAAAAGAUGAAAAUUUGUAGAUCAAGUGCGACAUUAAAAAUGGAUACAUAUGCACAACUACUACACUUUAUUUAGAACAUUUGCAUGAAAUUAGUGCCUUAGUGUUUCAUUUUGUAGUAACUUCUUUGAAGCCUGAUAUCUUUGUAGCGGUGUGAAAUAAGCGAGUGUAUGCGAGUAGCGAUCUUCACAAUGAUGUUAUACAGGCUUAUAUGGUAGGGGCCAGAUAAAAUAUGUCUGGUGGAACAUUAUUUAUUGACAAGAGAUACGGGUUUGAACAAAUACAGUCAAAUAAAAAUGAACAAUAGACCUUCUGUUGUUUUAUUUUCACCUGAACUAUAGUUGGAUCAUUACGCUGUGCUACCGCGCUAACCAACUGAGCCAUGGAGGCCCCCCAUGCGGCUUAAGGGUCUCCUUGGAAUGCCCUACAUUCAAAUAUGUUCUGUGAACUUUCUGAAACAUUUUGUCUCUAAUUUAAAUAUAAUCUACCCGCUAGUCAAUGAAAAGUGGUGGUUUGACUUUGCAAAUUAAAGACUUACAGCGUAGAGAGUAAAACCAAAGCAGCCCCAAAAAUGUGAUAGUU